GACAUCGCCGCCAGCAUGACUGACCAGGGCUUAUUCAGCAAAGACAUGUUCAUGACGUUAUCAUCGCAUCUCAGGGCAUGGUCAUCAGCGAUAUUGGCCGCCCACUGUAAUCAACAAGAUGUGGUGCAAGAUCAAUUGCAAGACUUCGUGUCCUGGCUGGACCGCUGCGCAGCGUCUUUGGUUCCAGAAGCAUUUGCCAAGUGGAGUUGGUCGAGCCGCCCCGGGCGCGGUGGCCAUUAUAAUCGUGUGCUCGACCGCCGCGGCGGCUUCAACCCGCACUUCCUCGUGCAGUGCUUGAUCUUCUCAUUCCACGCCCGGGGCACAGACAACAGCGGCGGCGCCAACACGUUCAGAUCUACGAUCAUGCAGGCGUUGCGCAUUCUCCCAAUCGCAUUGCAAGAUGCAGCAGAGCAGAUCAUGGCAGAUAAUUUGCUUCCCAGCGCGGCGACGUUGAGCAGGUCGCGGCUUUACCUCGACGUCGUGUGGAUGCUCGUGCACCGGGACAAGCACAGGAGCCUCAUCGCGGACGAUGCCGCCAUCUACUCCAUGAUGGACUC